GGUUCUGUUAUCUGAGACCAUCCACUCUCUAGGACUGUGUGCCCUCGUCUUCUUGAUCCUACCCAUGUAUGACGUCAUAUCUGGAGUGCUUCUCCUGAGUGCCACAAACAUUCUGCCCUCCCUUCUUCUGACUACAUGUUCUGGACACAUGUACGGGGAUUCCAAAGUAAUGGCUGUGUUGAAGAAAGGUUUGGAUGUCUUUGCGCUCAUUUGCCAAACUUCAGUAGUCCUGUUAAUCCUACCAUCGAUAGACUCAACACAGCGCCUGGCAAAUACAACAGACAAAGUUGUCUUCGUGACUGUUUUUUUUCUCUCACUUCCAUAAAAUGUUGGGAGACAUUUGUAGACGGUCAUAUUGCCGAUCUCAAUACCCAGGGUUUGCCAGAGAAGGGCAAUUACAAUAACCGCUUCAUGAACAAAAUACUGAAGAUCCGCUUUGAACUGCAAGAAGGAAGAUGCACGGUGGCGAUGGUGGCAGGAGUAUGGAAAGUCAUGAUCACUGUUGCAGCAGUUUACUUGAUGAUGUAUUUGAAGGGAGUUGAUCUCAAGAACAGUUACAAGGCACUAUUCGUUUUUACGGAACUACACGAAGACAUUCCCACAUUGUCUGCCCUGUUAGCUGUAACUAUUGGUGGCUUCGUAGCCUACCUUACAGCAUACACAGCCUGUAAGUUACAGAUGCAGAUAAUGUCCUUCUCUGUACCUAUCGUUUUAUCCAUCCUCGUUACACUAGGGAUUUUGGCUGGUGACUGCCAUUACGAUGACACUGGUUUUAUCCAACACAUAUGCCAAUACACAGAAAAGUGUGACACAUCACAGUACGUGUACUAUCUGGGGAUAUCAUGGUCUGUGUCACUGCUAUGGAUCUCACGGCACAUCUGGUUUCCAAGGCAACGUCGUCUGCAGGACUAUGAAAGACUGUUCAUCAACCCAUUUUAUUGUGGGAUUCUGACUUGUGAAAACCUUGUCCUGAACCGUCGUCGUCACAAUGAAAGUGUCACAUAUAUCUGUGAUGACCAACAAGAACACUUCUUCAUAGUCAAGCCCGGAAGUGCCAAGCAACAUUCAAGCUCUUCAACCCAACAGCAUGCCGAGAUUCCCUGCAUCUACGCAUGCGCAACUAUGUGGCACGAGACCAAGACGGAAAUGACUCAGCUAUUGAAAUCUUUGUUCAGGCUGGACAGAGAUCAGGCCUUGAGAGAACAAUGUGCAGUCCUUCGUAACAUGGUGGGCGAGAGAGACAGGUUCAACUAUCAGGCUCAUAUAUUUUUUGAUGAUUCUCUGGAAAUAAACGACGAUGACAAAUGGCAGGCUAAUGUGUUUGUAAGAACGUUAGUCAAGAUCAUGAAGGAGGCGUGCAGCUCUGUUCACCGGAGGUACCAUCUGCACGAUCCCUACAAAGUCAUCACUCCGUACGGGGCCCAGCUCAUCUGGGAGAUGCCAGGAGGGAAUCUCUUAUAUGUGCACCUGAAAGAUAAAAACAAGAUCCGACAUAGGAAGAGAUGGUCACAGGUGAUGUACAUGUACUUCUUACUGGGGUAUCAAAUCCUGAAAGAUUCUGCUCAAGACAUCGCUAAACAAAUCAACAAAGACACACCAAUGGACAAAAAGCACAUCAGCGAAAUGAUUGACCUGGACACUCAAAGAAAGAGCAAUAAUACGUUUAUUCUGACACUUGAUGGCGACGUAGAUUUCUGUCCUGGGGCGGUCAGAUCCCUGCUGGAAAAAAUGUCAAAUGAUAAUGUUGGUGCGGUCACUGGCAGAAUUCAUCCCAUUGGUUCAGGGCCUCUUGUGUGGUACCAGAAGUUUGAAUAUGCUAUAGGCCACUGGCUACAGAAAUCUACUGAGCAAGUGCUGGGGUGCGUCCUCUGUAUUCCUGGGUGCUUCUCCCUCCUCAGAGCCUCGGCGUUAAUGGAUGACAACAUUAUGAGGACAUACACAACACUGCCAACCAAACCUGGACACUUCCUUCAAUAUGACCAAGGUGAAGAUCGAUGGUUGAGCACACUGCUGCUUAAGCAGGGAUAUCGACUAGACUAUGCUGCUGCCGCUGCCGCCUACACGUAUGCCCCAGAAGGAUUCAAUGAGUUCUUUAACCAGAGAAGACGCUGGAUUCCUUCCAUCCUCGCCAAUAUUAUAGACCUGUUAUCGUCAUCUGAAGCCAUUGUAGCUAGCAACUCCAACGUCAGUUACUUGUACAUUAUAUACCAGACAGCGAUGAUGGCGGGCACCAUCUUAGCACCUGGCUCUGUCAUCUUGAUGAUUGCCGGUGCCAUUGAAGCAGUCUUCGCCCCCGGAUUGAUAUAUGCUUAUCUGAUAUCUUUGCUAAUUCCAACCAUCUUUACAAUCACUUGCUUUACUGCCUCUACAAAGAUUCAGCUAAAUCUUGCGACACUAUUUAGUGUUAUUUAUGCCUUCAUAAUGAUGGUUGUCAUUGCUCGAACCAUUAUGAUUGCCUUUGAGCAAAGUGCUCUUCAUCUGAGGGUGCUGUUUACCAUCAUUCUUCCUGUUUUGUAUAUCAUGUCUGGGCUGCUCCAUUGGAAAGAAAAAGGUUGUUUACCUCAUGGACUUUUGUACUUUCUGUGUAUUCCAUCAACAUACAUUUUACUGUUAAUAUAUUCACUUUGCAAUCUGAACAUCGUAUCCUGGGGCACUCGCGAGAUUCCAGACAGGAAAACAAAGCAGCAGCUGAAGGCUGAAAGGGAAGCUGCACAGAGCGAGAAGAAGGUAGAUGGUUUGUUUGCACGUCUUUUCUUCAGUUCCACCUCCAUCCAAGAACUCAAACAACUGUUACAGGAGCUAAAACUUAAGUUAUCGUCAUCAAGCAAAGACAGGCAGGAUGCUGUGGCACUUCCGACACAAAUGUAUCGCAAUGUGCCGAAACAGUUAGACCAGUUAGCAGGAAAAGAGCCCCAAAGUCAGUCUUCUUGUGAAAGUGUUGCUACUAGAAGUAUAAAUGUGUCUGCGGAAGAGCCGCUGCCAGCAGAAGAUGAAACAGAAAAUGAAUUUUACAGAGAAAACCAUUGGGCUCAUGAUCCUGCACUUGGAAAUGGACCAGUUCUGACGCUAGUUGGCAAAGAAAAGAAUUUCUGGAAUGAUUUAAUUGAAAAGUAUUUAAAACCAAUAGAACAGGAUCCUCUGAAAGAAAACCAAAACAAAACUGAAUUAAUCGAGCUGAGAAAUGUCGUCUGCUUCAUGAUAGUAAUGAUGAAUGCUCUCUGGAUGGCCAUCAACCUCAUGUUCCAGCUACUCAACGCUGCAGCUUUUAGAAUUGAGUACAGACUAAGCGGGCACGUUGUUCAGCUAAACACUGACAUCCUUGGACUUCUCUUCACCAGCUUCCUAGCUUUACUUACCAUAAUCCAGUCCUGUGGGAUGCUGUUCUAUCGCUGGGAAACGUUCCUUCAUCUGAUAUCAAUGGCUUCCCUGAAGGCCUCAAAUGAAGAGCAAAGUUACCAACUAAUAGAGAAAUUGGCAGAAACAACAGAACUUAAUUCUGCUUGUGAAGAAGAUAAGGAACACAUUUACAACAGACUGAGAGAUAUUGUUACAGGUGGUAUGACUGCCGGAACAUUGGCCAACAGAAGAAGACUCAAAUUAUCUGCCACUGCCACACGUUGAUCUUGCAUCGACGGUUUUUGGAGAUUUAGGAACACCCCAGUGCACACGAUCCCGGACAUAGACUGCUGGACAGAAUGUAUAUAGCUGCAUUGAUAAAGCAAGGUACCGGUAUUUCUGGUGCUUGUGUUGCUGAUGAUGAAGAUGUUAAAAACGUAUAUACAUCCUGAUUUAGCACAACGAGCAGAGCGUUAGCUGAAACGAAACAUAUUUGGAGCUCCCUUCAAGACCGAGAGCAGAUACCAGAGUGCAUAUGUCUUAGUCAUAAUAAAUGGUACUUGGACAACAUUGUACAAUGUAUAUAGAUUCUAAUGGAAGGACAUUGUGAUUUUUAGCAUCCAUGUGAGGGAUGAGAUUUCCGUUUGAAAUCAAACAUGUUCUAUGGGAUUGAGUUGCUAAGAAACAAUCACCAACAGCAGGUGUACGAUGUGGACAAGCAUUGUCGUCCAUAGCGACUGGCAUUGUGUUCAGAGGAUGAUCAUCAAAUGUGGUACAACCAUCCUGUAAAGGAUGCCAGUGAUGUACCGUUUUCUGUUCAGAUGUUCGUUUGGGUCGUAAGAAGGUCAGGUUUACACUCAUGUGACAAGCACCCCCACAUCACAAUUAAUGAACACCUACUAAACAGUACCUGCGCCAUGAUAUUCCGUUGUGCAUAUGCAGUGUUUGUGAGGCGACAAACACGAGCUCAGCCAUCAGUCUUGAACAAAAUAAAUCGACUUUAGUCUGACCAGGCGACCAGGCGAACCUUUCCCUAUGACGUCACAUUUAACAUUUAAAUAAAUUUAAAUUGUUAAAUGCUAAAGCGCAGCGUACCUUUAACCAGAAUAAACAAGAGAUUUGGAAGUGUUGGAACAAUUAG